CCUGUAUAUCUGAAUUUAAGAUUAACUGUGUGCAUGAAGAGAGCUCCGACUUAGUAAAAUCUCUACAGGUAGAUUUUGAACGGGCAGUGAAGCUAAAUCGUAUCGGUUUAGAAUUGAUGGGACUGUGGCCUAAGACCACACGACAAAACUCUCGAGAAAAGUUAAUGUGUAACUUACGCGUGCUCGUCAUAUUUCUCGUGAUAACAACCGGCAUUCUCAUUCCCGCCAUACAUUCGUUGAUAAUAACUCACUCGGAUCUCAUGCAAGUGGUUGAUAACUUACAAGUUACCGUGCCGACUGUCAACUGCGCAAUAAAAAUCGUGAUCUUUUGGUGGAAGAAGGAAGGUAGACUCCUAACUUUAAAUGGAUUUUUCUCAUACAGUGACGUUUAUAUAGUGAGUUUAAUUUAAUAAAACUAUUCAUAAAGUUUUGUUAUUCCUAUUAAAUAUUUUAUCUUCGAAGCUAUCGCAAAGAUAAUAAACAUGAUGACGGAGGAUUGGCUAAAAUCUAAAAGCACGAAAGAGAGAAACGCGAUGGUGAGAAGAGCUGAAAUCGCGCGCGUAAUUAUCGCGCUCGCGUAUUUUCUUAUGGGAUUGGCAUACAUCUUUGUUAUCGUUCUGCCAAUUUUUGGAAUCUCCAUAAGAUACCUGACGAAUAUUACCGAUCCAGGCAGACCGAUGCCGAUACAGACCCAUUAUAUGUAUGACGUAACGAAAACCCCGCAAUACGAGUUGACGUAUAUCGCGCAUUCCAUUUCUUUCUUCAUCGCUGUCACGUGUUAUGUGGGAAUCGAUAAUUUUUUUGGGCUGAUUGUGUUUCAUAUCUGCGGUCAGUUGGACAUCCUCAGGUAUCGUCUCCUUUGCACGGAUAAAUUCGCAAAUUUUCACACAAUUUUAAAGAGCUGUGUGAUGGAUCACAUGCGAUUGCUGAGGGCCAUUGCAAUUGUAGAAGAUAUAUAUAAUGUAAUACUCUUGACAUUAUUUCUAUGUUUUGGUAUCUUAUUCGCAUUCUAUGGAUUUCUUAUAAUUAGCUUGCUUACAAAAGGGAAUGAUGUAUCGAUCACUCGCUUGGCAUAUCUCAUAAGCAAUGUAAUUAAUAUAUUUGCUCAUAUGUGCCUUCACUGCGCUAUCGGUGAGAUUCUAAUGGCCCAAUGCGAUAGAAUUUAUUACGCAGUCUACAAUCAAGAGUGGUAUAUUUUGGAAUCAAAUGAAGCGCGAGAUUUGAUUCCUGUAAUAAUUAAAAGCAGAAAGCCAGUUUAUCUCACCGCGGGGAAGAUCUUUCCCAUAACAAUGGCUACAUUUUGCAGUGUAAGAUAGACUAAGUUUCAGUUAAAGGAAUCAAGGUUGAUACAAUUAUAUAUCAUUUUGCAAUAAAAAUUAAAUUAUAAUAUAUUUACUUAAUGCUUUAUAUGCAAUUUUGUCUUCACUGACUUUUGUUAUAAAUGUACUAGCCGAUGAAUUAAAAAUUUUUAUUAAUUAUUGAUAAAAAAAUAUACAAAAAUAGCAAGAUUACUUUUAUAAAGUUACAAUAAGGAUAUUAUUUGAACAAAUCAUUUUUGUAUCAAGAUAUUCUGGUGACAUUUAUAUAUAUUGUCAAGGAACACUAUUAUGAUAUAUUUUAUCUUUCAGCUAAUAAAGACAUCGGCUGGUUACGUAUCUGUUCUACUAUGUCAGUUUGAAGAUUGAGAUAUAUACAAAGUGAUUCUGAUAUUACGAAGUAAAUUGUAAAUUAUAAAUAUAUAUAUAAUUGAAGA